AAAGAUUUUAUUCCAAGAUCUUAAGUGCUCGAAAUCGUAAAAAGAACUUCACGCAAACAUGAAUUUGAUAAUUAUACAAUGAAUGCAAACGUUCCACUGUAUUCAAAUGUCUUGCGACUGACCUCUCAGGUAGUCAACUAAGGCAUGAGGCAAACUUCAAAAGUUUAGUUCAUCGGCAUCGUUCAAAAUGAAAAAGCCUGUUGUGAAAACUACUUGCGGCCGAUUACGCGGUUCGAUUCAGAAAAGUAUUGAAGAUUACGAGUAUUGUGCUUUUAAAGGUAUACCGUACGCAGAGCCACCAAUUGGAGAACUCCGAUUUCAAGAUCCUCGGCCGCCUAAAUCAUGGGAAGGUGUAAAGGAGGCAACCGAGUUCGGGCCUUGUUGUGCUCAGUACGAUCAAUUCAGACGGCUUUACGACGGCUCCGAUGAUUGUCUAUAUUUAAACGUGUAUACCAAGUCGCUUAAGCCAAAAACGCGUCUUCCCGUCAUGAUGUUUAUUCAUGGUGGCGCGUUCACUUUUGGAUGUGGGGAUGACAUGUUUUAUGGACCCGAUUAUUUACUCAAAAGGGACAUAGUUUUAGUAACGAUAAAUUACAGACUUGGAGUUCUAGGCUUUUUAAACUUGGAAGAUGAAAUCGCGCCAGGCAACCAAGGUUUCAAAGAUCAAGUUAUGGCUUUAAAGUGGAUUCAAUCUAAUAUCAUCAAUUUCGGAGGAGAUCCUGAUAAUGUAACAGUCUUUGGCGAAAGCUCGGGAGGGGCAUCCGCUAAUUAUUUAGGCUUGUCCCCAAUGUCAAAAAAUCUUUUCCACAAAGCGAUUUCUCAAAGUGGCGUAGCUUUAAAUACGUGGGCAUCAACGCCAAGUCCAAAACAAUAUGCUUAUAAGCUAUGCAAAAGCUUGGGUCGAGAGAUACACGAUUCCCAAGAGAUAAUUGAAUUUUUAAGGUCGAUCGACUGUCUCGAACUAGCUAAGGUGUCAGAAAAAAUAAGAACAAAAGAGGAAAAAAAGCAAUUGCUAUACCCUUUUGGACCAGGAGUCGAUGACAAAUCAGAAAAUCCUUUCUUAACAGAACCUAUAUCGGAAGCGGCAAAGCGAGGAAUGGACAUACCUUAUCUUGCAGGAUACAAUAACCGAGAAGGAAUCUAUUCUUUAGCAGGAUUACAGGGUACUCCUUUGGAAGAGUAUGAUAACAAUUUUCCAAAGUACCUGCAUCCACAUCUUCUCGAUUUGUUGAAAAAAUAUAACUUAACGCCAGAUGGCUUAAAAGUACUUUACAAUUGUCACGUACUGACUCGUGAUAACUAUGCCGAGAAGUUUGCCGAUUUAUUAGGAGACAUGUACAUUGUGGAAGGAUUGCAUCGAACGAUUGCAUUACAAGUUUUGAACAAGCGCGCGCCAGUGUAUUUUUACAAAUUUACAUAUGACAAAGGCAUCUCAUUUACAAAACUUAUGAUAAAUAGCAUAAUGAGUGGCGCUUCUCAUUUUGACGAACUUCCUCAUCUGUUUGUCAUGAGAUUCUGUGAGACUCUGGGUAUUGAGUCGCUGCAAAAAGGAACUACUGCUUACAGAAUAAUGGAGCAAAUGACCGAAAUGUGGACUAAUUUUGCUAAAUAUGGGAGACCUACACCAGAUACGUCGAAAUUAAUACCAAUAAAGUGGGCACCAGUAACAAAUCCUACACUUUUGCGUUACAUGAAUAUAGGUCAUGAGUUGAUGAUGGAUGGUAUGCUUAAUGUAGAGCAGCGUUUGUGUCGCGGUAGACCUAUGAAAAACAAAUUAUAAAAGUAUAUCGAGAGAUAUGCUUACUUAAUAAUAACAAUGUAAUAGUAGGUGUGAGAGGGUGCGUAAAUCAUUCCAUUUACACAUCUGAUAAUGUAAAUAUAGUUUUUCAUCAUAUAAAUGCAUAUUAUUGAU